UCUGCUUUUUUUCCACCGAUCUAACAGACCUGGAGCCAGCAAGACUCAGAGGAAAGGACUUAAUCAGGUUUAUGUGUACUAAAGGUUAUGAAGACAGUAUGGAGUUUCCAGACCAUAGUAGACAUUUGCUACAGUGUCUGAGUGAGCAGAGACAUCAGGGUUUUCUUUGUGACUGCACUGUUCUGGUAGGAGAUGCCCAGUUCCGAGCGCACCGAGCUGUACUGGCUUCAUGCAGCAUGUAUUUCCACCUCUUUUACAAGGACCAGCUGGACAAAAGAGACAUUGUUCAUCUGAACAGCGACAUUGUUACAGCCCCAGCUUUCGCUCUCCUGCUUGAAUUCAUGUAUGAAGGGAAACUCCAGUUCAAAGACUUGCCCAUUGAAGACGUGCUAGCAGCUGCCAGUUAUCUCCACAUGUAUGACAUUGUCAAAGUCUGCAAAAAGAAGCUGAAAGAGAAAGCCACCACGGAGGCGGACAGUACCAAAAAGGAAGAAGAUGCUUCAAGUUGUUCGGACAAAGUGGAGAGCCUCUCUGAUGGCAGUAGCCACAUGGCAGGCGAUUUGCCCAGUGAUGAAGAUGAAGGAGAAGAUGAAAAAUUGAACAUCUUGCCCAGCAAAAGGGACUUGGCGUCUGAGCCUGGGAACAUGUGGAUGAGGUUGCCCUCAGACUCAGCAGGCAUUCCCCAGACUGGCGGAGAAGCAGAUACACACGCAACAGCAGCUGGAAAAACAGUAGCCAGCCCCUGCAGCUCUACAGAGUCUUUGUCCCAGAGGUCUGUCACCUCCGUGAGGGAUUCAGCAGAUGUUGACUGUGUGCUGGACCUGUCUGUCAAGUCCAGCCUUUCAGGAGUUGAAAAUCUGAACAGCUCUUAUUUCUCUUCACAGGACGUGCUGAGAAACAACCUGGUGCAGGUGAAGGUGGAGAAAGAGGCUUCCUGUGAUGAGAGUGAUGUUGGCACUAAUGACUAUGACAUGGAACAUAGCACUGUGAAAGAAAGUGUGAGCACUAAUAACAGGGUACAGUAUGAGCCGGCCCAUCUGGCUCCUAUGAGGGAAGACUCGGUCUUGAGGGAGCUAGAUCGGGAGGACAAAGCAAGUGAUGAUGACAUGAUAACUCCAGAGAAUGAGAGAGUCCAGGUGGAAGGGAACAUGGACAGCAGUUUACUCCCUUAUGUCUCAAACAUACUCAGUCCAGCUGGCCAAAUAUUCAUGUGCCCUCUCUGCAACAAAGUGUUUCCCAGUCCCCAUAUUCUGCAAAUUCAUUUAAGCACGCACUUUCGAGAGCAGGAUGGGAUCCGCAGCAAGCCUGCUACUGAUGUCAAUGUCCCAACAUGCUCCUUGUGUGGUAAGACUUUUUCUUGCAUGUACACCCUGAAACGCCACGAGAGGACUCAUUCAGGGGAAAAGCCCUACACUUGUACCCAGUGUGGGAAGAGCUUCCAGUACUCCCACAACCUGAGCCGCCAUGCUGUGGUUCACACACGGGAGAAGCCACAUGCCUGUAAGUGGUGUGAACGUAGGUUCACACAGUCUGGAGACCUUUACAGACAUAUUCGGAAGUUUCACUGUGAGUUGGUGAACUCCUUGUCUGUUAAAAGUGAAGCACUGAGCUUACCUACUGUCAGAGACUGGACCUUAGAAGAUAGCUCUCAAGAACUUUGGAAAUAAUUUUAUAUAUAUAUAAAUAAUAUAUAUAUAUAUACACACACACACACACACACACACACACACAUAUAUAUAUAUAUAUAUAUAUAUAAAAAUCUAUAUAUAGUUGUGGUACGGUCUAAAAGCAGUCUUGUUUCCUUGAACUAAAAAGUUGGGAUAUUAACUUGUUUUUUGCACUUUAGGAUAGCAUGAAAAAUUUCACUAAUUUAGCAUUCUGAUAAGAAAAACUUUAGAGCAAGUCAGAAAUAGAGAGGUGUUUUUCUUUUGUGGAGUAGGGAAAGUAAGCCAGUAAGUACUUUUAAAAACAAAUCCUCAUAUCACAAAAAUGCUUACGUAUGGUUUUAUUUCUUCAACAUUGCGAUUGUGUUUUAAGCUCUGUAAUUUUUUUUUAUGAUUUUUAAAUGCUGUAGAAAUUCCCUCCAGUUUUAUUAGCCUCUUUACACUUAUAAAAUUGCAUGAAUCCUUUCUGGCUGUUGGAAACCUGAAUGCUUUUAGACCCAAAUGGAAAAUUUCUGAAAUGCUGGAUUAUCUAUUUUUAAACAAGCAGUUGACUUAAACUUUCUGUGGCAACUUCUGGUUUUCUGACAGUUCCCAAUGAGAAAAAUUCUGAAAGUACACUGGGAUCACUGGGACUCUGUCUUUUGUGAAGGUUUGCUUGGGAUGAAAAAAGGAUAUUGCAGCUUCAGCAGUGUUGAACUGUGUGUUUAAAAAUGUGAAUUACUGUUAUUGUAUACUGUAAUUGAUUACAUGGGCUGGGGGGGGUGUCAAAGAACUUGACAGGUUGUGUUGAUGCUCAUAGUUGAGUCUUGAAAAGUAAAUAUUAACGCUACAGAAAUGCAUGAGUUUCAAUAUAUUUUUGUCUUUGUUUGCAUUGUAUAACUUUAACGAGUGAGUUUAAAAUUAUUUAAUUUCCUUAGGAAAAUAGCACCAUUUGAAAAAACUGGUGUUAUGAAGAACAUAAAUGCACUGUUUUUAUUUUAUUUUAUAUAAUUUAAAUCUACUUUCCCACUGUCUUUAAGUUGAAGCUGUUAAGUUGAAUAAAAAUUAAGCUACAAAAUGAUAACUUAGCUACAUAACAAGGAAAAUAUAAAUGUUUACAAAUGGCUUAAAGAUUUGCAUGUGCAGUGUGCAUUUAUAACAAACUUCUAAUUGCACAGAACCCAUGCCAGCUCAAAGUUUAGGUAUCUACAUUUACCCAGUUGAGCAUUUUUAGAAUUACUACUGCACAAAUUGACAAUAGGUCAUUCUUUUUCUUUUCUGUCUCUCUCUCUCUCUCUCUCUUUUUUUUUGCUCACCCUUUCUCUUUCUCUUCUUCCUCCUCCCCUCCCCACCUCCCUAACCCUUCCCUCCCAUGAAAAGAUUCUUUGGACUGAAAAAGCCCCAGGCUGAAAGGACUGGGAAGCCUUGAUUGACAAGGGGAGGGGGGUGAGCAGACUAUGUGUAUCCAAGCAGCCGAGGCUGCAGCCCGACGUGUGGUUUUCAUGACCAACACACAGGGUGAACGCAUUUUGCACAGUGUUUGUUUUCCUGUCUUGCACUUACAAAUAAGGUCUAUGGGAGUAGCAUGGAAAACGUUUGCUGUUUUUCCCUUUUUUUCCCCUUUGCUUUUGUUUAAAAUUUGAUCGCCUUAACUACUGUAAACAUAGCCUAUUUUUGUGCUUAAGAUACUGAAUGGAAAACUCCAUUGUGUGUUGCUGGACUGUUUUGGAAAUAUUUGGUCAAAUGUGUGUUAAUUUGGCUGUAAUGGCAUUUAAAGCAAACAAAAAAAAAAGCUGUGAAAAUGGCCUUGGAGCAUUAUCUUUAGUUACUUGAAGAGUUUCUAGUUUUUUUUUUAAAUACAGUUUAUGUUAAGAUACAUUUUUAUUAAUUUAGAGAAGACAAUCAAUGUCUGUGAGAAAACGGACUUUCUUUUGAAUUUUUUUUUUGUGGUCAUUGUGAGUGAUUGCUUUUUCUUCUUAUUAGUUUCACAUUCUUCCUUUGUUCUAAAACUUAGACUGACAUCUAGCUUUGACAAUCAUAGUACGUUUUAUUUUCCUGAGGGGGGAAUAACUUAUGAUGCUGUUUAGUUUUGUACUCUUGGUGUGUUGGUGAAUUUUUAAACUGUGCUAACUGCAAUAAAUUAUAUGACCUGAGAAGCAGA